AUGGGCCUCCUCAAACCUGGAAAGGGUGAAGAGAGGGCAGUAGGCCAAGAUUUGGCUGCUGUUUUACCAGUAGAGCCGAAACCAUGGUACCAGACCCGACACCUUCUGAGGCUAAAUCUUUGCCUCCUAGUUCCUCUCUUAUCUUCUGCGACUUUGGGUUACGAUGGUUCUAUGAUGAACGGACUUAUGACUCUACCGCAAUGGCGAGACUCUUUCGGUCACCCGCAGGGAGCCUUGCUCGGUUUCAUCAACGCCGUGUAUCCUCUUGGAAAAGUGCUCGGAAUGGUGGCUGUCACUUACGUUUCUGAUCGCUGGGGCCGAAAACUCCCCCUUCUAAUAGGACUCGUAUCGUGCAUCGGCUUUGCAAUUCUGCAGGGCCUAUCCCCGAAACUAGGAUCGUUUAUUGCAGCAAGAGCCUUGCUCGGAUUUGCAACUUCCUUUAUUAGCCAACCGAGCCCAAUCAUCAUCUCUGAAGUAGCAUACCCGACUCAUCGCGGUAAGAUUACGGCGUUGUACAAUACCUUCUUCUAUUUUGGUGCCAUUUUUGCUGCAUGGUCCACGUAUGGCACCUUCAGAUUACAUACCACUUGGAGUUGGCGAAUUCCUUCAAUGUUACAGGGAGCCAUUCCUAUGAUCCAGCUGGCGGGCUUGUUCUUUCUUCCAGAAUCACCCAGGUGGCUCGUAUCGCGAAACCGUGUCGAUGAAGCAAGGAAAAUUUUGACGGAUUACCACGCAGGAUCUGACGAGGGCAGCGCGCUAGUAGACCUCGAGAUCCGUGAAAUCCAGCAAGCGCUGAACGAAGAGGCCGAAGUUACAAAUUCAUGGCUCGAGUUGGUCCGCGGUGCCGGGAAUCGCAAACGUACGCUCAUCGCCGUCCUUGUGGGUUGGUUUUCUCAGUGGAACGGUGUAGCAGUCACAUCGUACUAUCUGACAUUAGUCUUGAACACCAUUGGCAUUACCGAGGUCAGAGACCAGGCCUUGAUCAACGGCCUUUUGCAGAUUUACAACUGGCUCAUCGCAACAUUCCUUGGUGCGAUGAUGGUUGAUCGACUCGGUCGUCGGCCUUUGUUCCUUAUCUCUACUGCUGGUAUGCUUGCCAGCUACAUUGCCUGGACAGGUCUUACCUCUUACUUCGUCACAAGUCGAGACGAACUUGCGGGACGUGCCGUAGUGGUGUUUAUCUUCAUCUUCUACUUCUUUUACGAUAUCGCCUGGACACCUCUUUUGCAAGCAUAUCCCGUAGAAAUAUUCCCUUACACUCUCCGAGGAAGGGGUCUUUCCCUUACUUAUAUCACCGCAUCCACUGGUCUCAUCGCUGGAAACCAGAUCAAUCCAAUAGCCAUGAAGGCUAUUGCUUGGAAGUACUACAUCGUCUUCUGCUGCAUCCUCGCGGUCCUCGUCGUGGUCAUCUACUUCGUAUUUCCAGAAACAAAGGGUCACAGUCUUGAGAAAAUCAAGGAAGUAUUCGACGGGGCCGGUGGGGGCGAUUUGAACAUUGUGGAAGACGUCGAUGAUUCGGAUAAGCCUGAAACAAGAAUACAUCUGGAAAUCCACGAGAAGAACGUUUGA